AUGCCGCGACAUGGCAUGCCCGAGCAUCGCAUACCUUCGCAGAGAGCCGAACGCCAUCGCGACCUCCUCCACCAAAUCACCCGAGAGAAGGACGGCAACACUCUGCAUUUGAUUAACGAAUUCAUACCAACGAUCCACCUCAAGUUCCAAUUCCUCGACGCCAUGGAUGCUCCAAAUGGCUACAAAGAUAUCCGCGUCUCUUCACCAGCGCGUAUCGUCAACCAUGCUACUCUGCUCCGAGCUUUGUACAAAGGAACAUUCCUUCAAGACCAAGCGUCCUACCUUCAGCUGUCUUUUCUCGAAACCGGCUACAAAUCUUCUGCGCGCUUUCCUACGAGACUUCUUCAUGGGACAACUUCACGGUAUCAGGGCAACAUGUUCUGGGUGUUUGUGGCCGACAAACAAGUCUUACAAGAAAGGACGCGUGCUGCUCUGCGCGGCUUGCGUCAAGCCGUGGCUGCUGUGGCAGAAAACUGGUAUGCAUGGGAGGACGAUCCCCCGAAGAUCACGAGUCCCUUUGCGAGUGUUCGUCUGCCCGACCUCUUCCAUUUCGACCAAUUCCAAGACUCAUUCGCCACGCCGAUUCAUGGGUUCAAACUGGAGGGAAUCCUGUCCGGCGCCAUCAUCCCACUCGGUCUCCGGGCGCGAGUGCUCCUCUUCUUCGUCGGAAGGGCCCUUACCUACAUCCCAUAUCUCUUCACCCUUGACGAUAGAGCUUCCUCGGACGCCCAUGUCGCCAUCUGGACCACCAUGAACGGCGGCUACGAUGUCUAUGGAGUCUCGAAGACAGAUGGAGACAUAUUCAGGAGACUGGUGGAGGAUAAAGUGGAAGAGAAGAUUCGCAUCGGCGGUCUACUACAUCUGCUCAGCCCAGGACAAGAGACUACACUCAUGGGCAUCGCGUGGUCCAAUGUCCGAAAACACUUCUUGAGAUUUGAGCCGGAGAUACGCUCUCACUGCAUGAUCUCAAGGUGGAUCCUAGCCGGACUGCCUCUGCCCCGAAAUCCAGAGAACAGAGCCUCCCUCGCCGAACUCAGACCCGAAAUCUCCGCCACCUUGCUCCGAACGAUGACCUCCGAUGCACGCCAGAUCUGGUUCCACCACAAUACUGAGGUCCAAUACGAAUGGAUUGCUCUUCUUCACUUCGCCUACUGCUUCCACCACGGUCGUGGAGGCAACUUCUUUCUGCUCACAUCCCUUGGCACCCGCUGCAGCGACUGGGACAAAACGUUCCAGUUCACGACCUUUGUGGCCGCCAUGGCGAACGACAAAAUCACGAACAUUGCAGACAAGCUCCGGCUGGUCAAUUAUCUCAACGCCACACGUUUCUUGAAGAAGUACUUCGACUCAAAACACUUCAAGCGAGACCUCCGUCCUUUCACAGAGCGUUGCUACAUCUUUCUGCGCCCUCAGGGGCUACGCGAGAUGAUUGGAACGCCCUUCGGCCACGAGUCCCUCUCCAAAUCCGGGAACGUUUCUGACUUUGACACCGCCGAUGCUUUCACUUUUCAUAAUCGAAUCGCUGUCUCGAGAUCAGGAAAUGUAGCGUUGCAUGCCCGCACGCAAUGCAGCCAGACGAGGACAGCUUCGAGCGUCUCGCUGGGCUCGUUUGUCGAGACUGCGAUCUGA